AUGACAACUCCCACCAUAACCCCCCAAUCCACCACCCACUCCAAACUCCUCUCCCAAUACCUCACCCCACCCAACCUCCUCACCCUCCUCCACCUCCUCAAAAACGACCUCCCCAACCACCCCCCAAAUAAAAUCGACGCCUUCGCCUACAAAGUCCGCAAAGGCGACCCCCUCCACACCCAAAAACCACGCAAACUCGGAAUUAUCUUGAAACCUUCCGGGGACGUCUUACUUUCUGGUCUGCCAGUUGAGGGUGAGGCGGUUUCGAAGCUGGAUUGCACGGAGUGGGAGUAUGAGGGGUUUGAGAGGUAUUUUAGGAAGCAUCCGACGAGGGGCGACCGGUGGUAUGUCAGUGCUGGGAGGGUGGAGGAGCUUGAGGGUUAG